UUGUGUUGGGGUGAUUACGUGUAGCUCACUGACUAGCAGCAGCAGCUAGCUUGUCAGACGAGAUAGUACCCAGCGAGUUCACAUCGACUGCCACAACCAUAGCGGUUCCUUAACUGUAUGUAGAAAAAGGGCGAAUGUACAGUCACCGAGCACCUAACAACUCCACGAACUGAUAUUUUAUCGAAGUUAAAACGAUGUAGCAGAAUGGAAUCACCAGUACAGACUUGUUUUGAGUGGAACUGCAGAAGGAAGUGGCUCUGUUGCAGCCCUCAGAACCAGGAGCCGUAAAACCCGAGGUCACGCGAGGUUACUUACUCUCAAGAAACUGGAAGUUGCACUCUAAACGAGACACUGAAAGGACAGUAAUGUUCGCCAAGUUGAAGAAGAAGAUCGCAGAAGAGGCGGCCACAGCACCUCGCAGUGGUGUCCGUAUACCGCGUACCAUCAGCAAGGAAUCCAUCACCUCAGUGGGGGCAGACUCAGGGGAUGACUUUGCAUCUGAUGGCAGCAGUUCCAGAGAUGACCUGCCCGCCCAGCUCCUCAGAAGGAAUGAUCAGAUCCGGAAGCUGGAGGCCAAGCUGUCGGACUACGCUGAGCAGCUACGAAUUAUGCAGAAGACCAAGGACAAGCUUGAAAUUGCGUUAGAAAAGCAUCAGGAUUCAUCCAUAAAGAAACUUCAAGACCAGAAUGAGUCUCACCAGGCCAGCAGAACCAAAAUGGCAGAGGGGAUGGCUUUAGCACUGGAGAAGAAGGAUCAGGAAUGCGUGGAGAAGAUGGCUGUUGUGGAAAAGGAGAAGGCUGCCCUGUCAGCCCGGCUAGAGGAGAUGAUGGAGCAAAGCUUAGCACUCUUCCAAAAAAGGGAUGACCUGGAUGAACUGGAGGGCUUUCAGCAGCAGGAGCUGGCUAAAGUUAAACACAUGUUGCUGAAGAAGGAGGAGCUGCUGAGCCAGCAGGAUCGGGAGCUCCAGCAGAAGGAAGCUGAAGUUCAGUCGGCAAAGCGAGGGUUGUCGGAGACUCGGGGGAAACUCCAGGCACUGCAACGGCAACACGAGGAGAGCUGCAGGCUCAACUCUGAGUUUGAAAUAGAGCGGUAA